UAUAAACACAAUCAAUGGAGAUAAUCCUAACAAAAAUUAGCAUUAGGCCAUUCAAAAUCACAGAUGUUGAUGAUUUUAUUACAUGGGCAGGUAAUGAUGAAGUGCUUCAAAAUCUAAGGUGGAAAACCAUAAGUUGCAAGGAGGAGGCCUUGGCUUAUAUCAAAGAUGUUUGCAUACCACACCCUUGGAGGAGGUCCAUAUGCAUAGAUGACCGUUCGAUUGGGAUGAUCACGAUUUAUCCCGAAUCAGGCGAUGACAGAUGUCGAGCUCACGUAGGAUAUGCUGUUAGUAAGGAGUAUUGGAACAAAGGGAUUGCUACAAGAGCUUUAAAGCUUGCUACUAAUCAGGUGAUUAAGGAUUAUCCUGAGUUAGUAAGACUACAAGCUUUGGUUAGUGUGGAAAAUAAGGCAUCUCAAAGGGUGUUGGAGAAAUGUGAGUUCCUUAAUGAAAGAUUGUUGAGGAAAUACGCCUAUGUUAAGGGGAAUUUGAAGGAUUUAUUUAUGUUUAGUAUUUUAUCAACAGAGUUACCGUCUAUAGAUUAAUAAUUCGAGUUUUUGUAUUUUUUAUUUUGUUGUAGCCACUUUGCACGUCAAUUGCCAUAUUAUUGGUAUGUUGAUUGAUGACUUUUUAUAAGUCUGUUUGACCAGCUGAAAGUGUUGAUUUUUAGUUGACUUGUUUGACCACUUGAAUGUAUUAUCUGUUUUUAUUGAUUUCUAAGCUUGUUGAAUAAACUAGUUGUUUUAAAAGUUUUUUUUAUGAGGUUAAAUAUUGACUGUUUGUUGUUUAUUAAAAUGUAAAAGCGAUUAACAAACCUAACAUUUUAUUUUAGUUCCGAUAUAAUUCUCAUUUUACACAUGAUCUUUUAAGUAUGAAAAUUUGGAGUGUUGAUGCAAU